AUGGAGCGCGGGGUUCAGGGGUCUUCCGCGGCUGCGCCUCAGCGUAGAGGAGACGUGCCGGUGGGAGCAGAUGUGGCGGUGGGUACGCUGGUGGGAGGAGAUGCGUCGGUGGGUGAAGAGACGGUGGAGGAGGUGGAGUGGUUGUACACGGAGCGGUUUCUGGCGUUGGAGAAGUUGCCGUUGUUACCGGAGUACUGCGCGAUGCCGGCGACGUUGCGGGUGUUUAUGCGUCACGAUUACCCGCCGACGGCUCGCGAGUUGCGGCGGCCGGCGCGAGUUCAGCGGCGAGAGGAACGUGUGGCGUACGUGGAAGGUCGGUCGGUGAACGUGUGGUACGGGUAUUCGGCGACGGGAUGGACUCCGGAUGGUCGUCGUGAGCGAGUUCCGGCGGCGGGGCAUUGUCGGCCGUUGGUGGACGCGGGUUUUACUCAGGCGGAUUUGCGAGGGGCGGGUCGAGCGCCGUUGUGUUUAUUCUUUGCGCGAGGGUUGUGUACAGGGGGUGUGAACUGUCAGUUCUUUCACCGUGUGCCUACACUAUAUGAGAGCGAGCAGUUGCCAUUGACGCUGGACAUCUUUGGGCGUGAGAGAUUUGCACAGCAUAAGGAGGACAUGGGAGGCGUGGGAUCCUUCAACUCGACGAGUCUAACACUUUUCGUUGGCGACUAUCUUCGUUCCGAAGAUCUUGCCGCCAUCGAGCGCCAAUUGCGCGCCGCUUUCUCAGUGUACGGCGCGCUGCGAAACGUCAAAGUCGUCGCCAACCGCAACUACAGCUUCGUCACUUACUGCUACCGGGCGGCCGCCGAGUUCGCAUUGGUGGCCAUGAACGGGUGGAAGCUCGUGGAAGACGAGCCCUCCGAGGUACUUACUGUGCGCUGGGCCACCGGCAAGGAAAUCGCGCGGCAUGUCGGCGAAGGCUGA